CUAUAAUUGAAUUGACUUUUCUUCCUCUAUUACUAUCUCUAUCUACAGCACCAUGAUUGCCAUCGGUCUAGAAGGCUCAGCCAACAAGCUUGGCGUGGGCAUCAUGUCGCAUCCCAACGACGGCAGCACCCCGCAGGUCCUAGCCAACAUCCGUCACACAUAUGUCUCCCCACCAGGCGAAGGGUUCCUACCCAAAGACACAGCGCGCCAUCAUCGGUCAUGGGUCGUGAAGCUGGUGCGGAAAGCGCUCAAAGAAGCCCGCCUGUCUGUCCAAGACGUGGACUGUAUCUGUUAUACCAAGGGGCCCGGCAUGGGAGCUCCCCUGCAGAGCGUGGCCGUCGCAGCGCGCAUGUUGAGCCUACUCUGGGGCAAGGAAUUAGUCGGGGUGAACCAUUGUGUGGGACAUAUCGAAAUGGGCAGACUAAUCACCGGCUCCACCAAUCCCGUCGUCCUCUACGUCUCCGGAGGCAACACCCAAGUCAUCGCCUACAGCUCCCAACGGUACCGCAUCUUCGGUGAAACCCUUGACAUCGCCGUCGGCAACUGUCUGGACCGGUUCGCGCGCACCCUGCACAUCUCCAAUGACCCGGCCCCGGGGUACAACAUCGAGCAGCUCGCCAAAAAAGGCACGCAGCUGGUGGAGCUGCCGUACACCGUGAAGGGCAUGGAUUGUUCGUUUUCGGGGAUAUUGGCUGCUAUUGACGGCCUGGCGGCGACGUAUGGUUUGGGCGGGAAGGAGGAAGACAUUGCCGGGGAUGCAGCGGAAGCGACGGCGGGGAAGACUGGGAAUGGGAAUAGCAACGGCGGUAUCACAGCCAAACCCACCCGCGCAGACUUGUGCUUCUCUCUCCAGGAGACGAUCUUCUCGAUGCUAGUGGAGACGACGGAGCGCGCGAUGGCGCACGUCGGCUCGACGGAGGUGCUGAUUGUGGGUGGUGUGGGCUGUAAUGAGCGGCUGCAGGAGAUGAUGGGGAUCAUGGCUCGGGACCGGGGCGGGAGUGUCCAUGCGACGGAUGAGCGGUUCUGCAUCGACAAUGGGAUUAUGAUUGCGCAGGCGGGCCUCUUGGCUUACAAGACGGGGUUCCGGACGCCGCUGAAGGAGUCUACUUGUACGCAGCGGUUCCGGACGGAUGAUGUUUUUGUCAAGUGGCGCGAUUGAUUGGUUGGUUGGUUGGUUGAUGAUUGAUUAAUUGAUUGAGCGUGUGGUGACAUACCCAUUGAACGUUAGAUUUGCUUAUUGUUCACAUUAUUUGCGUCUAUGAGUACCUCAUGAGAACUGUAUCUGGAUGCUACGCCGUCGAUUGGGCUGAUGUAUCCCGGUCUAUUGUGGACGACAAUGGCAAUGAUCUCCAGUUCGAGAUGUGACCCCUCGCAUGUGAAAACUAAGCGGGGCCGCAAUGCCGAAGAAAGUCCACAACCUUGCCAAUCCGUCAAGCUUCAAGGGCCAAGCACUUGACAGCGACGCAAGAGCACAAUGGGGCUAUGAACAUAGCAAGGGCUUAUUAUGGCCAUAACGUGGAUGAUAUGAUA